AUGGAGGAAGGGAGCAGUCGUGGCGGUGGCGGAGGAGAAUCGUCCUCGUCAAGAGCAACGCCGUCGUAUGUGAAAUUAGGAGACAGACAAAUAUUUACUGUGGAGCUCCGACCCGGAGAGACAACAUUCGUGUCGUGGAAAAAGCUUAUGAAAGACGCCAAUAAGGUCAAUAGUGGAUCCGCACCCGCCGCUCCAGACCCGCCUCCCGUUAACGCCCAUCCUAACCUCGAGACUCGAAUUGCUCCUGCACAAUUGACUGAAAAUGAAGUGAAGGAUGACCCUCCUCCGAAUCGUUUUAGUGCUGUAAUUGAGAAGAUUGAGCGUCUUUACACGGGUAAGGAUAGUAGCGAUGAGGAGGAUCUAAUGGAUGCUCCUGAUGAUGAUCAAUAUGACACAGAAGAUUCUUUUAUUGACGAUGCUGAGCUGGAUGAAUAUUUUGAAGUUGAUAAUUCAGCAAUAAAACAUGAUGGCUUCUUUGUUAACAGGGGAAAGCUGGAACGCAUAAAUGAACCUCCUGUUGUGCCUAACGAGAAACCAAAGAAAAGGAGAAGAAAAGAUUUAUUGAAGGCACCUAACGAUUCUGAUGAUGGUCGUAUGUCCAAUAAAAUCAGUAAGCUGGGAAAGUCAGCUGCGGAGAAGAUGGCACCACCUCUUGGAAAGAACUCUUCAAGCUUGCCUCAAAAUUUGACUAUGAUAAGUGAACAGUAUGAGAAUGUGAAGUUCCAGAAUCAAUCAAAUUCACCUGGAAUUUCUUCCAAAAAGAAAUCUGCGGAAACUAAAAUGAAGCUGGAUCCGUCUUUGUCAGUGAAAGUUUCGAAUGGUGAUGCAUAUGCAUCUUUGGCAGAAACAAAAGAUAUUGAAAAGCCAAAGACUGGAGGCCUCCAACCAAAGAACCUCACUAGCAAAUCUAAAGAUCCAAGUGGAUUCUCUGAUUCUUCAAAUCAGAAAUAUCAUGAAAGAAGUGCUUAUGUGCAACCCAAGUUGCAACCUGCAAAAACAGUAAACAAUGCUGAUGAUCUUGAACCAUCAGUUAGAUCAAAAGAAAAGAAUGGGGUCCGUGAACUUCCUGAUCUCAAUCUUAAUAUUUCUGAUGGCAAGAUUUACACCCAAGCAGCAAAAACUUCACAUGCCCACAGAAAGGAUGGUUCCAGUGUCAGGCCUAAAAGUUCAAUGCUAGAGAAGGCUAUCAGGGAGUUAGAGAAGAUGGUUGCAGAAUCACGGCCGCCUGCUGUGGAGAAUCAAGACACUGAUACUUCAGCCCAGGCAAUUAAAAGAAGAUUGCCUACAGAAAUAAAGUUGAAGCUUGCCAAAGUUGCCAGACUAGCGGCAAGCCAGGGGAAAAUGUCAAAAGAGUUGCUCAAUCGCCUCAUGAGCAUUCUUGGUCACUUAAUUCAGCUCAGAACACUAAAGAGGAACUUGAAAAUAAUGAUUAACACAGGCUUGUCAGCAAAGCAGGAGAAAGAUGAUAGGUUUCAACAGAUAAAGAAGGAGGUUGCGGAGAUGAUUAUGACACAUAUACCUUCUGUGGAGUCUAGUGCAUUAGUUCAACAAGCUGGAGCAUCUGAUGAUUUUCAAGAAAUUGGCUCUCAAGAAAAGGGGGCCCUUAAAAAGAAAUUUAGCAUGGAUGCUGUGUUAGAGGAUAAAAUUUGUGAUCUCUAUGACCUUUUUGUUGAGGGAUUGGAUGAAGAUUCAGGUCCACAAGUCAGAAAGUUGUAUGUGGAGCUUGCACAGUUGUGGCCAAGUGGUCUUAUGGACAACCAUGGGAUCAAGCGUGCAAUCUGUAGGGCAAAGGAGAGGCGAAGAGUCGUGUACGGCAGAAAUAAGGAUCAGGAGAAAAUAAAGAGUAAAAAGAUGUUGACUCCUAAACAAGAGGAGGGUGUUCGAGUUGAGUCAAGUUCAGUUGCUCAGCCACAACAUGUGCAAGAAAGGUUGGCCACGGAUGCAGCUGGUCCUGUUUUGGCUUUAGCCAGUAAGCCAGUUCCCAAUUCCAUGGCAGCAGUUGUUCGGGUACCCAGUCCUUCAGCAAACGGUCUCGUAUUGGACAAGCUAAAACAAGAGAAGCCGAAAGGAAGUUCAAGCAAUUCCAUGGAUGAGGCAAAGAUGGGAGUUGAUGGUGGUUUGACAAAGAAGAAGGUAAAGAGGAAGCCAGAACAAGAGUUGGAUGAAACUCAUCUUCGUUCAGAGAAGUUACAUCCCCAAUCUGGUGGGGAAAGACACAAGUCUCUUAAGCAUGCAUCUGGUCUUUCCCAAAAGUUAAACCUUCAAUCAAGUGCUCCACCUAGUUUUGAACCAUCUAGCUGA